AUGUUUGGAAAUAGUCCUUUUGGUACGCAAACAACUAAUGCAACGACGACAACUACAAGCUCGAUUUUCGGUGGUGCAUCGACAACAACGGCAACUCCGCCAACUGGUUUCUCAUUUGGUUCAAUAACCAAACCAGCAUCUAGUUCUCCUUUUGCUACAUCAAAUACUGGCUCAUUAUUUGCUAAAACAAAUCCAGCAACAACCACAACAGGAGGUUCAUUAUUUGGUACCGCAACACCAAGUAAUUCUUUAUUUUCUACAAAUAUUACGUCACCUGCUUCCACUGGAUCCAUUUUCGGUUCCGCGACGUCCAGUUCAUUAUUCGGUACUCCAACUUCAACAGUAGGGAAUACAAAUGUCGGCACUGGUUUUUUUCAAAGCUCUUUACCUCCAACAGCAACAACUCAGACAUCAAACACAUCAUUAUUUUCAACACCACAGACAUCUGCAUCUUCAAUAUUUAAUUUUGGUUCAUCGGCUUCUACAGCGCAAGGACAGCAACAAAAUACUGCUUCAUCAACGACAUCGGCAGCAGCUCCACCAAUAUUUUCGUUUGGUUCAGGAAGUACAUCAACCACAACAUCAAUUUUUGGAAACGCUGUAACUCAGCCAAUAUUUGGUACAGCUAUUCCAUCAACUGUUACUUCUGGUCAAACAACUGGUUUAUUUAGUAGUUUAGCAGCUUCCACACCACAAACUACUGGCUUAUUCGGCACGUCACCUGUAACAACGGCUCAGCAAAAUGCUAGUGUUGGUUUGUUUGGUAGUGCGACCACUACACAAAUUCCUUCAUCGACACCACAAUUUGGAACGAAUAUUUUCGGAAAAAUAGGCACAGAAACACCUAAACAAACUUUAUUUGGAGCUUCCACAUUUUGCAGUCCGACUCAAGGUGGUAGUUCCACCAUCAGCACUAUUUCGAGUUCAACACCAUUUUCUGCUACUACUACUACAACUCAGAAAUCCCUUGGUUUGUUCGGUAAUUCAACUUUGGCACAAACUACAGCUCCAACUACCACACAACAGCAGAUACCAGGUUUAUUUGGUAGUGUAAUGAAUGCUACAAGUAGUUCUACGCAACCCACUUCUAAUAUUUUUGCUCCAACUACAGUACAACAGACUCAGCAGACUUCUAGUUUAUUUGGUAAUCUGCAAAAUUCCCCACAGUUUGGUGCGGCCACGACAACUGGUGUUCAACAGGCUACCAGUCUCUUUGGCAGUGCAACCAAUGCUCAGUCGAAUUUUGCUCCUUCUACAGGUAUCACAACAUCGACUGUAACUUCUGGACUAACUUUUGGUCAAAAGCCAUUCGUUCCAACACUUUCUGCUACAACAACAACAAGUACGGCACCAUCCACUGCUACAAUAACAUCAUCUACUAUUACAACUACCACAUCUACUACGACAACAUCGUCCUUCGCUCUAAGUCAGCCGAAUACCACGGUGGUGGCCACCACUGGUCAGACGUUUUCAUUUGGCUUGAUGAGCACUCCUAGUGUUAACGCAACUGCUGCUGCGCCAAUUACCACUACUUCAGUAACAAAUAGCGCUCCUCCAUUCGGUUUGACCAGUGCAGCAUCGACUGUACCAAGUUUCCCUUCGUUCGGCUUGCAAAAAUCUUCAACAACAUCAGCUGGUUUAACUAGUGGACUUUUUUCUACUCCUUUGAGCACUGGUGCUGCAAUAACUACACCACUGGUUGUUCCGUCUUUGGCAAGUACUCAAGCAUUGACUACAUCUUCAACUACACCUUCCUUACCUUCAUCAUUAUCUUCAUCUUUACCUCCAUCGACAACCAUCACCACCUCUUUGCCACUGGCUACAUCUGCUCCUAGUACAUUUGCUGCUACUACAGUUGCUCCAACUUCUACUGCAACCGCUUCUACUGCACCAGCAACUGCAUUAUUGAGUGCUGAAAAGCCAGUUCAAUUCGGCCAGUUGGAACAAUUGCUUAAUCGAUUAGUGUUGGAUGUUCAAGCUGAAGAACGAUCAUUUAUGGAUCAUGUACUUGAACUUAACGCAUACGACCGCGUAAUCAGAAAAAAUGAAGAAAAAAUAUUAUCAUUUGCCGAAGAUAUAAAGGUUAUGGAACAACAGAAAGAUCAGUUUAUUCAUUCCGUUGAUUUUUUAUCGCAACAGCAAAUUGAGAUGGAAGCUAUAGUGAAUGAUAUGGAAAAAUCAUUGGGUUUAGGAGAAUGGUCGGAAAUGAAACCAAUCGAGUUGCCAGAUCCUAGUGUAGCAACACGAGCUGAUCUCCAACGCCAAGCAUUGCUGAAAUUGCAACUUCAUGUCGACGCUCAGUUAAAGCAAAUUGGUGAUGAUAUUAACGAUUUAAAUGAAGAGUUGGAAGAAUUGCAAAAACCGUCUGAGAAAGAUAACGAUGCGGAAGAUUCGGUAGAGACAAUCGCUCAAAUUUUGCAGCGUCAUUUAGUUCUUCUGCAAUGGAUAGAUAAGGAAUCCGACCAACUGCGUAAGAAAGCAGCAAAAUUAUUGGAAGAAUUAUCUUAG